AAGGAACGUGUUUUUGGGUCGCUGUGUCUGUCUGUUUCUUUUCUCUGCCAAAUUUGUUAGAAAGAAAGGAACACAAAACAAACCAAGCAGCACCUCAAAUCCUAAAUUCUCAUUUCAAUUUCGUAUCGUUUUCUUUUGUUUCAUUCUUCACACAUAAUCAUCAUCAUCAUCAUCUUCUUCAAUCUUCACUUCGCUUCAUUCAUCACUAUUCAUUCACUCUCAUUCAUCAAAUUCAGAUCGAAUUCAUAAAUAUGGACUCUGAUUCUUCUUCUCCUUGGAACACUCCUUUAUCAUCAUCCUAUAAUUCCACCGUUACUUCUUCCAAAUCUUAUCUCUCCGCUCUUCAAUCUCGAUCAGAUAUGUUUAUGGGUGGUGGUUUUGAUGAAAAUGAUGUUGUUGAUGAUGAUGAUGAUGUCAAGGAAGAAUUUUUAUGCCCCUUUUGUUCUGACUAUUUUGAUAUCGUUGGAUUGUGUUGCCAUAUCGAUGAAGAACAUCCAGUUGAAGCCAAAAAUGGGGUUUGUCCUGUUUGUGCAUUGAGGGUCGGGGUUGAUAUGGUUGCACACAUUGCCCUACAACAUGGAAGCAUACUUAAGAUACAGCGAAAGAGGAAAUCACGGAAAGGUGGAUCUUAUUCAACACUAUCUUUAUUGAGGAAGGAGCUGCGAGAAGGAAAUUUGCAAUCCCUUUUGGGCGGGUCUUCAUGUAUAAUGUCAUCGUCUAAUGCAGCACCUGAUCCGUUGUUAUCAUCCUUUAUAUUGCCAGUAGCUGAUGACUUUUCCAGUUCUCAGAGUCAACCUAACUUUCAUACCGGGACAAGGCAAUCCAGAAAAAGCUCAGAUGAGACUCUAUCAAAGAAAAACGUGGAGACACCUACCUUGUCCGUCAAGGAUAAGGAAGAAAAGGAAAAAAGAUGUGAGUUUGUUCAAGGGUUAUUGCUGUCCACCUUCCUUGAUGACAUUUCAUGAAGGAAAUUCGUCGGUGAUGACUGCUGGUUGGCUGCAGCGGUGGCAGGCUUCUUUGAUCACACAUGCGAUCCCUACAACCUAUGGUAUGCCUAGUGAAGUUGUGAAUGUAUUUGAUCGUAGUGAAAUAAGAUGUGGAGAAUGAAUGUAAUUUAUGUUGUAUGUGAACUGAAAGUUUCGAGUUCAAGUAUUUCAUUUUAUCAUCCUUUAAUUUCAGACCAUAAGUAUUGAAUGAAAAUAGAAAAAGUUACUUUCCUACUGUA